AUGAAGAGUUUAGUGACAUUAGCAAGAACGGUUGUUUCGCUUGAGCAAAAUGUUCCCACUUCUUUAAAGUGUCAAUUCACAUUUACUAUAGAUUACGAGACAAAGGAUGUUUGGGUGACAGCUUUUUUGGAAGAAUCCUCUUCUACUGAGCUACUUCGAAUUUCUAGAAAAGAGGAUUCUACAUUUGAAAUUGAUACGAUAACCUCGUUUACAAAAAAACAUGAUUUUUUCAAUAGUGAAAUUAUUUGUUUGAAAUACUUGCUUGAUGCACAAGCUUGCUUUAUCGCAUUCAGCAGCGGUGAUAUCGUUCUUGUGGGCAAAGAAAAUUUAGCAGAUCCUGAAUUGAUUGAAGUGGUUGGAACCGUUGAGUCUGGAAUUAAAUGUAUGGAAUGGAGUCCUGAUGAAGAAUUAGGAGUGAUAGUUAAUGGAAAUGAUCAUAUCCUAUUAAUGACAAAGAAUUUUGAAGUUUUGACAGAGUUUCCUAUUAAUGUAGAGAAUGCUGGCGAAGCGAAUAGUGUUAGUGUGGGAUGGGGUCGCAAAGAAACCCAGUUUCACGGAUCAGAAGGAAAAUCUGCAGCUCUAAAGAAAAUUAAUCUAUCGGAAUACACGUUAUCUGAGGAUGACGAUUCUCGGCCUCGUGUAUCUUGGUGUGGAGACGGAAGUUUCUUCUCGUGUACAAUAAUAGACCCUCUAAAAGAGCGACGCGUAAUUAGGAUAUAUAAUAGAGAAGGAAUCUUGCAGAAUACAAGUGAACCUGUCAAUAAAUUAGAGCAUAGUCUUUUUUGGAGGCCCAGUGGAAAUUUGAUAACAUCUUCACAAAAAUUGCCACAUAAGCAUAAUAUCUGUUUUUUUGAGAAAAAUGGAUUAACACAUGGAGCAUUCGCGUUACGGGAAACAAAAAAUCAUAAGGUGGUUGAAUUAGCAUGGAAUUGUGAUUCAUCGAUAUUAGCUGUCUGGCUGAUUCGGGAGGAAGCUCCUUCUCAAUAUUCAUCUUGUGUUCAAUUAUGGCACAUGAAUAAUUAUCAUUGGUAUUUGAAGCAAGAAAAUUUGUGUCCGCCCGGUGAAUCUAUUUGUUUCUUGUGCUGGGACGCUGAGUUAGCGCUGCAAUUGCAUUACAUGACUCAGAAAGCUUAUUAUGUUCAUAAUUAUUCAUGGGACGUGUUAAUCAGUCACACUAUCUCGAAAAAAAAUGCUGCAACGGUAGCAGUUAUCGAUGGAUCAUCAAUUUUCCUCACGCCUUUUCGUUAUAUGAAUGUUCCACCUCCGAUGAGCGGUUAUUCUAUAAAACUCAAUCACCCAGCAACGCACCUUUCGUUCUCGACAAAUAAUCACGGUAACGAUUUUGCUGUGCUUGAAGCAAACGGGGAUAUAUUGCUGUUUGGAUGGGCUGGUGCUUGCGAGAAACCUUUAAGACCUCCGACGUUAUUGGGGUCAAUAAAUACUACUAUGAAUAAGGAUCUAAUUACAGCCUUGAAACAAAUCGCUUGGAUCAAUAAAAACACGUUGCUCGGAUUGCAUCAUUCUUCUAUCGUCAAAUUUAAUAUUUCUUUUGAUGGCGAAUCUGGCAUGCCUUCAAUCAUGUCCCAAACACAUUGUAUUACUUCACAUCGUCUUUUAAAGCUUUAUUCCAAUGUUAACUACGAAGAAGUCUUUGUAGAGACUAUGAACGGAUCCAUAUUUAAAGUGAUAUAUAAGAGAUUUAGAUGUGAGAAUUUCUGGGUCACUGGAUCAUAUCUUGCAGAAGAAAAAGGUGAAUUACUGGUUGAGUCGGACCCAUUUACGUGUUUUCCAGAGUUUUGUGAGCACAUUUCGUCAACUCGUAUCGGAAAGCAUGGAGAAGAAGAGGUCUCUGUUAUUAUAGGCUUGAGCAAAAAUAAUAAACUCUACGCGAACAACAGAUUAUUAGCAGUAGAUUGUACAUCGUUCUUUAUUCAUAACGACUAUAUAGUUUACACUACUUCAAGCCAUACUGCUAGGUUUCUUCCUCUUCGUGUCAACUUUUCAGAAUUCAAAGUUUCUGACAAUGUUACACAUCCGUUCGAUGAAACGAUACGUCGUAUCGAAAGAGGAUCCAAAAUUAUUAUUGCUCCAUAUUUUGACGUUUCUCUUGUUCUUCAAAUGCCAAGAGGAAAUUUGGAAACUAUACAUCCGCGUGCUUUUGUUUUGGCUGCCGUGCGUCAACAUUUGAACGAUUUGGAUUACCGAUCGGGAUUUGUAAUAUGCCGUAAACAUAAACUUGACUUUAAUAUUUUAUACGAUCAUGCACCGGAUACUUUCUUGAGGAACGUGAAAACAUUUGUGGAACAAGUUUCUGAAGUUGAUUAUUUAAAUUUAUUCUUGUCGAGUUUACGAAAUGAAGAUGUCACUUUGACAAUGUAUCCGUAUUCUUCUGAUGAUAAAUCGGAAAAUGGUGGAUCUCAAAAACCAAGAGAUCAAAAACAAAAAGUCAACAUUAUUUGUGACUCAAUACGGGAAAUAUUAGAAAAUUUGGAUUUAAAAAGGUAUAUUCAAUCAAUAUUGACCACCUAUGUACAAAAGACACCACCGGAUUUAGAACCCGCGUUGAAACUUUUGGUCGUUCUUAAAGAAAAAGAUUUUGAUUGCGCUGAAGACGCGUUAAAGUUUAUCACAUUUUUGGUUGACACAGAUAAACUGUAUGAUGUAGCAUUGGGAAUGUACGAUUUCACCCUGGUUCUCAUGAUUGCGCAACAGUCUCAAAGGGAUCCCAGAGAAUAUUUACCGUUUUUAUCGGAACUUCAAACACACGAGAAGCACUUCCAGCGAUUCAAAAUUGACGAUUAUUUGAAACGCUAUGAAAAGGCAUUGAAUAAUCUUUAUUUGGCUGGUGAUAAGCACAUUGAUCGCUGUUAUGAAUAUAUACUUGAACAUGAACUCUAUCGACUUGGGUUGACUUUAUUUUCAAACAACCCAGAACCAUAUAAGGUAAUAAUGUCAAUGUAUGGUGAUUAUUUGUCAUCGAAUAAACAACACAAAGAAGCUGGAUUGGAAUUAUUAACUGAUAAAAAAAAUUAUCAAGAUGCUGCACGAGUGCUUUUGGAUUAUACACAGGAAUUAGAGGAUGCCAUUAGUUUACUAGGAAAAUCAUAUAUGUGGGAUGAGGCUACGCGUAUUUGCUAUCUGAAAAAUCGAGUAGAUUUAGUGGAAACACACGUCAAGCCGAGCGUAUUAGAAGGAUAUAAGCAUUUGAUUGAAGAUAUUGAAGAUAUGAAAGAACAGCUAAACAAACAAACAACGCGACUUGCCGAACUAUUAAUCAGUAAAGAAAAUGAAGAAGAACAAUUAGAAUAUAUCAGAAAUGACGAAACAUUGGAAAACGUGGAGGUUUUUUCAGACACAAGUUCGAUUGUUGCUAGUGAUUUUUCAAGAUACACAAAGUCAAAUACUCGAUUGAGUGUAGAUUCUUUGCGAAGCGGUAAAAGUGCCAAAAGCCGACGUCGAGAUGAAAGAAAACGCGCACGCGGAAAAAGAGGCAGUGUCUAUGAAAAAGAAUAUCUUUUUGAUUCUCUUCGAAGGCUUAAAGAGCGAUUCUAUAAUAUGCAAGGGAGUAUAUCUAAUAUCUUGCAUUUUCUCGCAACGUCAAAAUAUGUCGAGAAAGCAAGACAUCUUCAGUCUUUGUAUUCUGAACUCGAAGAACAAAUACAAACACGAACCGAAAAUAUUGAGAUGUUGUCACCGAGCACAAUAGUAGAUUCAAAAGCAAAGACCCCAGUAGCCGAUAACUUGCCACAUGUGGGCAAUAUUAAAACAAUAAGUGGAUCCUGGAAAUUAGAAAUAUUGGAAACUUGA